AUGGGUACUGGGAAGAAGGAAGCGGCCCGGCGUACGCGCCAGGGCAAGACUGGCGAUGGCUUGGGCAAUGUCCGUACCAAGGGCGAGAACUUUUAUCGCGAUGCGAAAAAGGUCAAGCUCCUCAACAUGUACAAGGACGGCAAGGCCCAGAGAGACGCGGACGGGAAGAUCACAAAGGCUGCCAGCUACCAGUCCAGGGAUAUUCCCAAUGCCCGGAUCGAGCCGAACCGCAAGUGGUUCACCAACACCCGUGUCGUCUCUCAGGACACCCUGACGGCCUUCCGUGAGGCCAUGGCUGAAAAGGCCAAGGACCCUUACCAAGUCCUCCUCAAGUCCAACAAGCUCCCCAUGAGCCUGAUCCAUGACGGAGGCAAGGACACCACCAAUGGCAUCAAGCAGCACAAGGCCAAGAUGACUAUUGAGACGUCGCCAUUUGCCGGUGUCUUUGGGCCCAAGGCUCAGCGCAAGCGUGUCAAGCUCGGUGUCAGCACCGUCGCUGAUCUUGCCGACGACACCGAGAAGAGCAUGGAUACCUACGAGGAGCGGAUGGAGCAGAACAAGCUGCUGAGUGGAAACUCUGGCGAGGCUGAUGCCCUUACCAUGGCCAUUGAGCCUGUGUUCGACAAGGGCCAGAGCAAGCGUAUCUGGAACGAGCUGUACAAGGUCAUCGACUCUUCCGAUGUGGUCAUUCACGUGCUUGAUGCCCGAGACCCCGUUGGAACUCGCUGCAGGAGUGUCGAAAAGUACCUCAAGGAGGAGGCGCCUCACAAGCACUUGAUCUUUGUGCUCAACAAGUGCGAUCUGGUACCUACCAGCGUUGCUGCUGCGUGGGUACGACAUCUUUCCAAGGAACACCCCACACUUGCGUUCCAUGCGAGCAUCAACAACUCUUUCGGCAAAGGAUCUUUGAUUCAACUGCUGCGUCAAUUCUCCGCUCUCCACACGGAUAGAAAGCAAAUCUCCGUCGGCUUAAUCGGCGGUCCCAAUACCGGAAAGUCUUCCAUCAUCAACACUCUCUCCAAGAAGAAGGUGUGUACCGUCGCGCCCAUUCCUGGAGAGACCAAGGUGUGGCAGUAUGUCAGUCUCAUGAAGCGCAUCUACCUCAUUGACUGCCCUGGUAUUGUGCCGCCCUCAAGCACUGACACACCGACGGAUCUCGUCCUACGAGGCGUCGUGCGAGUCGAGAAGGUGGAGCAUCCUGAGCAGUACAUUGACGCCCUCCUGAGCCGUGUCAAGCAGCACCACAUGGAGAAGACAUAUGACGUCAAGGGAUGGAAGAACGCAACGGAACUUCUCGAGCUCCUUGCUCGCAAGGGCGGUCGUCUCCUCCGCGGAGGAGAGCCUGACAUGGACGGCGUGGCAAAGAUGAUGCUCAAUGACUUCAUGAGAGGGAAGAUCCCAUGGUAUACUCCCCCCCCUAAGUCGACCGAUGAGGGCGAGGAGGGAAGUGGCAACGUCAACGGCCGCGGAGGCAGGCUUGGUGAGAUGCCUCGGAAGCGACCUGCUUCUGAGACAUUGGAUAACGCCGCAGAAGCCGAGGUUGAUGUCCCUGCAGGCAAGGCGGACGACGCUGAGUCAUCUGAGAACGGCGACUUUGAGGGUUUCGCUAGCGGCACUGAAGAAGCUCUGUCCAGGAAGGCUUCCUUUGGUGCUACCAGUGGAGCGCAGAGCGACGACGAGAGCAACUCGGACGACGUCUUGAGCGUUAACGAGGCGAGCGGUGACGAGGGCGAGGCUCCCGUUGCCAAAAUCUCGUCCAAUGCUGGCCGGCCCAACAAGAGACAGCGACGUUGA